AUGCUUAUGGCUCUAUCAGGGAUGUACGGCCCGAUGUCCUUCUCGGUCUUUCGAGAGGCGGUUAAGACUACAACCACCAGGGUGACCUUCAUAGAAGGCAAGGCCGGAGACUCGUGGCUUUGCGAUAAGAUCCGUGAGAGUAUUCAAGCCUUCAUCCGCAUGGACCAUCCCAGCGUGUCAUUCAGAGUCUAUGCCCCCAUCUUGGUCCGUGGCCCAUCGUCUUUCAAUCUCUGGGCUGCCCUGGCCAACCAUGGUCAGGUGUAUUCUCCUCCAAAUCCCCCAACGUGGGGAUGGACAACAACAGAGCUAGGCAGCGACUGGCACUGGGUCACCAGCGCUAGAGUCCUCACACGAGCCGUCGCCAAAAAGGAACUCAAGUUGAAACGCCCUCUUGAGAAGAAGCCUCGAAAGGAAGGCGAGCCAACCUGGACUGACCUGUUCCUAGAGAGGGCCAUUCCAUGGCUGAAUGAGGACCCGAUUUGGUUCCACCAUGCGUCACCAUGA